AUGUGUGUGUGUUCCGGGGCCGAGCCGCUGAACCCGGAGCAGAGUCGGGUGUGGGGUCCCGGACUGGACGCCUCCAUCACCCUCCCGGUCAGAUACUUCUACAUCCAGGCGGCGGACAGCGCAGGGCGGCCGCUCUCCUCCUCCCCAGCAGGGAGUAAGUCAUUUAAAGUAACCAUCAAAGCCCUCUCCAACAAGGAAUACAUCCGAAUUCAUGUUCCUGACCCCCUGGAUAGAAAUGAUGGCUCUUUCCUGAUGAGGUACCGAAUGUACGGCAGUGCCAUGGAGGGUUUGCUGAUUGAAGUCCUUCACCAGGACAAGCAUGUCGCACAGUCUCCUUAUAUACUGAAAGGACCUGUUUAUCAUGAAUACUGUGUCUGUCCUGAAGAAGACCCCGAAAUCUGGUUACAAACUUUGUCAUGCCCCAGCAAAGAAUCACAGAUCUCAAAUGAUUUUGCUCCUUUUUCCAGUAUAGACCUGAAGAGAAUGCUGGAGGAAGUUCCUCAGAGGUUUGCCGAACAUCGAGGAGCCAUAGUACAUUACACAAUUCUCAAUAACCAGAUCUAUCGGCGCUCUCUGGGCAAGUACACAGACUUCAAAAUGUUCUCAGAUGAGAUAUUGCAGUCAUUGGCAAGAAAGGUACGACUGCCUGAUGUAGAAUUCUAUAUCAAUGUCGGGGAUUGGCCAGUGGAACACAGAAAAGUCAAUGACACUCCUGGGCCACUACCGAUGAUUUCUUGGUGCGGAUCUACUGACUCCAGAGACAUCAUACUUCCCACAUAUGACAUCACUCAUUCUACUUUAGAAACCCUCCGAGGUGUCACCAAUGACCUCCUCUCUAUCCAGGGCCACACUGGUCCAUCCUGGGAUAACAAAACUGAGCAGGCCUUCUUCAGAGGAAGAGACAGCCGGGAGGAACGUCUCCAGCUUGUCCGAAUGUCCAAAAAAUACCCUGAUCUUCUGGAUGCCGGUAUCACUGGGUAUUUCUUCUUCCGAGAGAUGGAGAAUCAGCUGGGGAAAGCUCCAUUAGUUGGAUUCUUUGACUUCUUCAAAUACAAGUACCAGGUGAAUGUGGAUGGAACAGUGGCAGCAUACCGAUUCCCUUAUCUCAUGCUGGGUGACAGCCUGGUGCUUAAACAAUCUUCAUCCUACUAUGAACACUUCUACAGUGCACUAAAGCCAGGGAAGCACUACAUUCCCAUCAAACGCAACCUGGGGGAUCUCAUAGAAAAGAUACGCUGGGCAAAGGAAAAUGAUGAAGAAGUCAAAAAGAUUGCCAAAGAGGGCCAGACUCUUGCUAGGGAACUGCUGCAGCCUCAACGCCUCUACUGCUAUUAUUAUAAAGUCUUUCAGACGUAUGCGAAGCGUCAAACAAGCCGUCCAGAAGUCCGUGAUAAUAUGGAACUUGUUCCCCAGCCAGAUGAUAACACUACUAUCUGUAAAUGCCAUAGAAAGAAGAGCAAGGAUGAACUGUAA